AUGUUUACCAAGACAGCGUUCUGUUCGCAGGAUCAGCAAACCGGGGAGAAGAAGAAGAAGAGAUGGACCAAGAAGCAGCUCCGUGCUAGCCAGGGUCUUCUCACCCAGCAAUCCAAGACAAACAUCUAUGCUUCCCAGAAGGGCAUGACCGGAUAUGGCGCAGUACGCCACGGCGCUGACAUCCGCGCUGAUGACCAGACAAAGGAGGGCGAAGCCCUGCUGACCCAACAGGCUGCAACUCACAUCUACGCCUCCCAGAAGGGCAUGACUGGGUAUGGUUCUGUCCGCCAUGGCGCCGAUAUCCGCGCCGACGACGAAAACCAGGAAGGUCAGGCUUUCCUUACUCAGCAGGCGGCAACUAAUAUCUACGAUUCGCAGAAGGGAAUGACGUCUUUCGGUGCCGUCAGACACGGCAAAGAUAUCAAAGCCGAUGACCUCAGAGCAGAAAGCAACGGACAGCUUUCGCAGGUUGCGGAAACGAACAUUUACGCCUCGCAGAAGGGUAUGACAAGCUAUGGUGCCGUCCGUCACGGUGCUGACAUCCGCGCUGACGAUGAGAACCAAGAAGGCCAGGCGUUCUUGACACAACAGGCCGCAACCAAUAUCUACGAUUCGCAGAAGGGCAUGACCAGCUUCGGUGCUGUGCGACACGGCAAGGAUAUCGCAGUUAAGGAAUUGUACGAGGAAGGCGACGACGACGAGUACUUGACCGACCCCGACGAGCCUACUCCGCCACCAAAAGCUUCCAAGCGCGAAGAGCCGCAGCCUGUGGCACAGCAGCAGCAGCAGGAAGAGGAGGAGGAGGAAGAAGAGGAAGAGUAG